AUGGCAAGCCUCGGUCUGAUCGCCCUUUUGGGCUUCACUUCAAUUCGAAGCGUUGCUGCGUGGGGCGCAUUUGGCCAUGAAGCGGUUGCGUACAUCGCACAAGACUUUGUGUCGUCUGCGACUGCGACGUUUGUACAGAAUAUUCUCUCCGAUACAUCUACAAGGUACAUGGCCAAUGUAGCGACCUGGGCUGACAGCUAUCGGUCCACCACCGCGGGAAAAUGGUCCGCGCCUCUGCACUUUAUGGAUGCCAUGGAUAGCCCUCCCGGUAGCUGUGGUGUCAACUUUGCCCGCGACUGUCCUGCAGAGGGCUGUGUCGUGAGCGCACUCACAAACUUCACAAACCAGCUCAUGUCCUCGUCGACGUCUGCCGCCGCCAAGCUCGAUGCGAUGAAGUUUGUCAUUCACUUCGUGGGCGACAUGCAUCAGCCACUCCAUGUCGAGAACCUCGAUGUUGGCGGCAACAGCAUCGCUGUUACAUACAACAGCGCCUCUACCAACCUCCACUCCGUCUGGGACUCGUCGCUCAUCCAGGAAUACGCCGGUGGCUCUUCGCUCACUGUCGCACGUACUUUCGCUACCAGCACGACCGACGCCAUCAAGGCAGGAACCUGGAGUACUACCUCAUGGCUGUCUGGAACCGACAUUAACGAUCCUGAGGCGACUGGCAUGAAGUGGGCAGGCGAAGCCAAUGGCUACGUCUGUACAGAUGUCAUUCCAGAUGGAGUUGCGGCGGUCCAAGGCGUUGAUCUAAGCGGGGAUUAUUACGAUGACCAUAUCCAUGCUCCAAGGAUCCAAAUUGCACGGGCUGGGUACCGACUGGCGGCCUGGUUGAACCUAAUUGCGACGGGCAAGACAACGUAG